AUGCCAGUUCUAUCGCAUCAACCUAAUUAUCCUCACAUAUAUCCAACUACUGAAGACGUGGAAAGUUCGGAAUCCACAACCGUCGAUUCAGUCUCAGAUAUGGAGGAGACAGAAAAUUCGAUAACAACCCCGACCACGACCACAAAACCAGUUUCAG